CUAGUAUACUUUUUCUGGGGUCAGAGAAAACACCUAUAGUUGUUCCCAAAAAUCGGAAAAAUUAACUAAAAUUUAUUUUUGUGAACACAAAGUUUUUCAAGAUGGGCAGAGGUCCAGCUAAACAAGUUAAGGGAUCGCCGAGAUUUGCAGGGACCCCAGUCACAAGGCCUCGCGAGAGUGCCACCCAAAGGAACAGGCGAAGGAGGAGGAACCGGGCCAGGGCACUGGUGGAACCUGUCUUGAAUUCCAAUAGGGAAAUCGGACAGCAGGAAAAUACGCGAAACAGGAAUCGUCGACGUAGGAACCGUGCCCGUGCUCGUUCUCGUGCUCGUGAAUCCCGUGCUCCAACGCAGACCGAAGAUUUCUCAUUAGAACUCAAUCUUCCGUUCGGGACAGACCCGUCGUUCUCGGAACUUUCACUUUUGGGACAAAAUGAUAUGGCAGAUUUGGCACUUAUGGUUAAUUUGUGUAUACUCUCCCUUGUGCCAGAUCACUCACGGUAUCUAAAUGGUCUGGAGCGCUUGAGAAAUGUAUUGUCGAGUGGGGAUUCUCCAUACGUCGUUGAAGUUUCCCAUGAUCAAAAUCUGCCUCAGGAAGUUCAGCAAGUUCAGCAAGUUCAGCAAACCAAUGAAAAUUACCAAAAUCUGCCUGAGGAAGUUCAGCAAGUUCAGCAAGCCAAUGUAAAUGACGAAAAUCCGCCAGAGAAAGAGCCCGAUACCAAAAAUGUAAAUCGGGACGAUAACGAAAAGGAUCAAGACCAUUGAUAAAUUAUUCAUAAAAAGUACUAGUCAAACGCUUGUACUUCCAAAAUUAUGUAGAAGUGUUCCGUAAGGAGUGUCCACAAUCUGCAUCAGGAGGACCCGGACGGCAAGAAUCCAAAUUGGGAAAAUACCGAUAAGAAACAUGACCAUUGACGAAUUAUUGAUUUUAGAUUCGUAUAGAUUUAAAGUACUAGUCAAUUUAGACAUGUUUGAACUGCGAAGAUAGUUCCACGUGUAUUGUACUUUGUAAUUUUGUAAGUCUAUUUUUCAAUGAGUUGUGUGUAAACAAUUUGUAUUUUCCCAUCGUAAUUUUUAAAAAAGUAAAAUGUAUUAAUUACA